AACUUUGAAACCCCGGCAGAAAGCGGCGAUAAACAGGCGCAGUAUAAAUACCAGAGGGCUGGCGCUGCCGUCGCUAUUUUCUCUCUCUGUCUUUCCCUCUUGCACAAGCUGAGUUGCUGAGCAGCCAAGCAAAGGGUGGGGCGCGGCUGAAGCCCAGCCAUGUGGGUUGGGCUGGGCCUUACCCUGGCUCUCUGCCUCCUCCAUGGAGGAAGGGCAGAGAGCCAGGGCCCAAGCAACCGUUGUAAAGAGCCUCCAGAAUGGCGCAUCGGGGAGGAAAAUCCUAUGCUGGACUCCAGAGGUUCUGUAACAGUAGUGGCUCUUCUCCAAGCUAGCUGAUACUUGUGCCUGCUCCAGGCUUCCAGGCUGGAAGACCUGCGACUGAAGCUGGAAAACAGUGGAUUUAUCAAUGUCUCCUUUGUGGUAGUCAAUGACCAAGGACAACAUUCCCAGGAAAAGUAUCACCAGCUGAGAGAGAAGGUUUCAGAGAAUAUUCCUGUAUACCAGCAGAAUAGCACACAACCUGAUGUUUGGACUGCACUAAAUGGAAAGAAGGAUGACUUCCUGAUCUACGACAGAUGUGGCCGUCUUGUGUAUCAUCUUGGUUUGCCUUACUCCUUUCUAACUUUCCCAUAUGUGGAAGAAGCCAUUCAGGUUACAUACUGUGCAUCAUCAUGUGGCAACUGUUCUUACAUGACCCCUGAGGUUGAAGAAAUGUGCGACAACCUUACAAAAGCAGGUGAAGUAUCUUCCGAGGCAGCACCUCCUCCCGCAGAACGUCACAGGCACCGUCACAGACAAGGGGACGUGCUUUUCGAAAGUCAAAAUCAGCACGGCACUGGUCACGUCCACAGACACCAACCCCAGCAGAACCACCGGCGACAUCACAGGGUUAGCACAGUGCAGGCAGGCAGCUUGGGAAUAGUUGAAGCUGCCCCACAGGAGGCAGUAGUAGCUGUCCCACAAGAAAGGAGGCUCUGACGAAAAGGAAAUGCCAUUUGCAAGCGGCAGUUGAGCUGAAACUGGCAACUGGCGUCCAGGUCUGCUUCAGGUAGCUGAUGCUGACAUUGACGACACCUGUUGUUUGAAGAUCUAGCUAGCACAGCCUCCUGACAUUGUAACGGAGAGCUCCCAUCUUCCUGCAGGUGACAGGGUCAGUUGUUGGCAGAGAACGUCAUUGAGUCUUGACAGUGACGACUGCUGCCAGCUGCUUGACAGUCACAAGCAGCAAGUGAGCUUGGGAUGGCCAGUGCCUGAUUAUGAGAUGAAAGGGCAGCAGAAUGAGCCUGAAGAACAAUCUAAACAUCCUCAGCACCAGGGAAGAUCCACUCCUGUUCAGAAUACAUUCCAUAACAAUGCAAUCAUUGGUACCACCAGAUCUGUAUUUCCUCAAGGCAGUAAAACAAAAAGAGUGCCUGUCUGAACAGUGAUCUUCCUGUGAGGGUACCAUUAUGUGACUGUUUGAAAGAGAAUCAUCUAUGCAACUCCGUUCCACAAAUCAGUCAAGCUGGAGUGCUUCAGUUUCAGCUGUAUUCCUUUAUGGAAGCGAAGGUCUGCUGCUUACCUGAUUUGGGCUGAGUUUGCACAACCAGCUGGUGUUGCUUUUGAAAAAAACACCCUCAUAAUGGUAUGCCUUUUUCCAGUGCUGGCUCCGUAGUUCGUAGCAUUUUCGGUAGCUUGUCUUUCUUGUUUCCUUUUCUACCAUUCUGUUUGCAUUCAUGAAGACAGGAGCAGAAACUAUGACCUAGGGGCUUCUGUUUGAUAGAUAGCAACCAAGAACAGAAGAGGACAAAAAAAGAUGGGUUUACCACUAUGAUAUUUUUGUCUUCUUUUUCCUUGUGAAAAUCUGAAUUCAUGUACGAAUUUGGCUUCCCCCCACCCCUGCACUAAAAUGAGCCAUUAUUAGAAAAUACAUAAGCAGUAUCAGAAACAAUUGUCAACCAAAGAGGGAGUCUGCUGAGAUCUGUAGCUCCAAGAAAACAGAUUUUGUACAUACAUGUGUCCUAAGCAGAGUGACUCUUUUCUAAAUCCACUAAAGUCAGUGGGCUUAGAAGUGUGUAUCUUGGUUGAGGACUGCACUGAAAAUCUUGUAGCAAGUUACCUAGGCCAUUUCCUUGCCUGUGUGCAGAAAUAUUUUUAAAGCAGUUGUAUUUCUAACAGUGUAAUCCUAUGCAGAGUUUCUCCUGUCUAAACCCACUGAAAUCAGUGGGCUCAGACUGGAGUAAUUCUGCAUAGAAUUCCACUGUUAAAUUGCUUACUCACAAGCAGCCCCACUGAAGCUAAGGAUCACAGCCAUUAGGAAGUUGGGGUGAGAUGGGAGUAGGAUAGUACGGAGGAGGCGCAAGCAGAUCUCACAUAUGGAUCUGCCUUACACUGAAUCAGGCCCUUGGUCCAUCAAGGUCAGUAUCGUCCCUUCAACUUGACAGUAGCUCUCCAGGAUUCCUGGAGGGCCUGAUCCUGUUUAACUGGAGAUGCCAAGAAUUGAACCUGGGACCUUCUGCAUGCCAAGCAGAGGCUCUUCUACUGAGCCAUUGCCCCUCCCUCUCACUAAAGGAUAAGGGCUUAAAAAUUCUUAGUUGAUCAGAUGUAUGAACCAGUAUAGCGGUCCAUCAUUUCUUUGUCACACUAGAUCCCAAUAUUGACCCUCUUUUAUAACUGGUUAAUAACACUUGCAUAUCGUCUCUCUGUGUAGCUAAAUACUAUGUCUCAUUUUUACACUUUGCAUUUCUGAAAUGAACUGAAUUUUCAAGUUGUUCCAAAGGAUUUAGAGAUGAAAAGAAAAUGGUUAACAGAAAGGAAUUUGCUUAGAAGGUACUUGCUAUAGCUAUUGAUGGUUUAAUAGGGAAAUCAGCACCUACAAAACUUGAAUUCUUUUAUGGCAAGUGCUUUGUAGGCGUGAAAGAAGUUUGGAAUAUAAGCGGACUUUAUGCUUGAGGUGCAACUGAAAAGGGAAUUUUUAAUAAAUGGGAAAAAGUCA